GCUGAGCUUCAGACGCCCUCUGUUAGCCUUCUGAGCCCCGCAUCGCACCUCGCCAUGCCCGCCGCACCCAAGCCCAAGGCCUACGCCGGCAUCGUCGCGACCCAGAGCGACGACGCCAAGUACCGCCAGAAGUACAAGGAGCUCAAGACCAAAGUCCUCGAGAUCGAAGAGGACAACAACAAGCUCUCGGUUAAGAUCCUCAAGAGCAAGAAGGCCAUCCAGCGGUUGCGCAUCGAGCGAGCCAUCCUCUACGACCGGUUGCAGAGCACCGUCGCGCCGACCAACCCCUACGCCCUCUCGUCCGCCUUGCACCUCGCUUCCCUCGCCUCUUCCUCCACCGCCUCGACUUCUUCCGACCCGAACGCGCCUCCCUCGAUCCUCGCACCACCCUCUUACCCUCUCGCCGACCCAGCCGCACCAGACCUCUUCCUCCGCCAGCUCGACGCCCAGAAGCUCGCCGCGCUCGAGCAGCCGCCGGCUGGUGGAUCGACGCACGUCGAGUACGGCGAGCGGCCGAUCGACGGCAUCGCCGGCGAGCAAGCUGCGGCGAGGGAGCACCGCGCACUUAUGGCGGCGGGCGGGCCCGUCAACGGCCAGGCGGCGCACGGCAAUGGGGUCCAGGCGGCGGUCCAGGCGGCGGGAGCGAGCGGCGCGGGCGCUGCUGCGCCGGAGGCUGCGGUACCGCAGGCGGUCGAGCCGGCGCAGGCCGAGCAGAUGCAGGUGGACAAGGCCUGAGGAGAGGACGAGACGAGGCGGUCGAGCCCCUCUCGUGCGACGUCGCGCUUCCCUGUACUCUCGCGUGUCGCGCUCUGCGCGUGUAACGCUGUCGACGUUCUGUGCC